AUGGCGACGACAGCUCUUACUGCGAGUGCGGCCCCCACUGCUGACAGCAGACCCUUGAAGGGAACGGAAGAGGCGGCUCCACCACGAUCCUCCGCCGAGAGGAACAUGCGUUGCCCUGACCCAUCCGCGCAUCUGCAUCAGCCAAAGAACAGCGUGUUACAAAACCAGGCGUCUGCAGCGGCGCUCUAUUCGCAUAACCACGGCAGCCCUGCCAAAGCAAACGUAGCAAAACCUAUCAACCCGCUCGGAGCCGACGGCAAGCUCUCCUCAGCGAGCGCUGCUACGAGUCUUAAAUACGCGAAGGCCCAAGACCUUCCCAGCUAUCCCGUCGUCGGAAUUGACACUCAAUCCUCUGCCGGAGCCGCCGCGCUACUUGCCAACCAGAACAAGAAGAGCCCGGAGUGGUGGAAGCCUGAAGCAUCUUCAGCGGCAGGCAAGGCUGCGUUGCUCGCAAACGGUUAUAAAAUGGCCCCUGUGUGGCAACCAGAAGCAAGCGCGGCAGGCUCAAAAGCAGCGCUUCUCGCUCAUAGAGACGGCGCAAAGCUGAACCUGUGGCAUCCCGAAGCUAGUGCUGAGGGCCAUUCUGCUGCUACUAUUGCUAUGAGCAAGAAAGGUCUCGGGCCGGAGGUCGACUACGGAUAUACAGACCAGGGCAGGAAAAACGCCUUCACUGCGGCCACCGACGCCCACUCUGCGUCGAGACGUAAGCGCGCUCAGUCAAACCCACCAGCUGCGCCGCUGUAUCCAGACUCGAAAAACUCGGCCAGGAAUGCACUGGGAGCAGCAACGCUUGCCCAUAGUGCGUCUACUCGUGCGAAACCACAAGCUAGUCCUGCUGAUUCCAACCGCCACGGACACGGCGCCAUGGAAGCAGCACGUAUUCAGCAUGCGAAGAGCAUAUCGCGCGACAUGUAUACCAGCACUCCGCCUGUUGCACUAGAGACAGAGGAGAAGAGGCACAACGAUGCUCUUCGAGCUUCUGCCAUAUCUAUGGCUAAGAAGAUCUACGAUGUGCAACAGCAACACAUCGAUGGCGCAUCGGGCCAGUCUAUCGCCCGCACUGGAGCAACUGCGGCACAUAGUCAACAACCGGCGACUGGCGAGGCUGACAUCAAGCAGCAAGCUAUGCGCUACAUCGGAAUCCAAGAAGCUGCACAAAAGCUUGCUCAGGAAAGACUGGCAAAGAUAGGGUAUGACGAGAACGCCGCCUACCGAAGCUACUACGGCUACGAUAAGCCGACCAGAUCGAAGCUCUCCAUGCGCCGUGGACGUAAUCGCGCACACAGUGCUUCUGAGACAGCUCCUGCGGACACAUCUGAUUCUGACGAAGACGACUUUCGCUCGAGGCGAAUCCGCUCGCAGAUGGAACAGUUCAACCAGCAACUGGCCGAUGUGGACGCAAAGAAGCGCGAAAACGAUCGCAAGUCCCUGCUUGCUGCAGCACAGCGUAAGGUACAAGCGCAGAUGCAGGGUAUGGACAAGAAGAUCUAUGAUGAGACUGGCAAGAUGUCAUCUGCGAUGGUAGAUGAUUGGGACGAAAAGGCGCGACAGCGUGCUAUGGCCAACUCCGAGGCCCGUAUGGAAAACCAUGGCAGAGUACACAUCGGCAAUGGUAAAUGGAUGGAUCAGAGUGAAAUCGAUGCUAUCGCCCAAGCCAGGAUCCAGCCCACAUUGGACGAGAUCACGGAGAAGACCGAAAAGCGCCUUGCCGAGGACGAGAAGCGACGUGCUGAAGAAGAAGAGCGCCGACUUGACAUGGAGCAGGAGAAGCGCCGUGUUCGUACCGAGAAAGAGCGUGCCGCUGAGAUCAAGGCGGAGGAGAAGCAAGGAAGGGAAGAAGAGAAGAGGGCUGCGAAAGCACGAGCGGCUGAAGAGAAGCUAGCAGCGAAACAAGCGAAGGAUGCCGAGAAGACUAAGACUACAGGAGAACAGCGCAAAUCAAAAGAGAUCUCAGCGGCUGAACCAUUAGUUGUGGAUGCUGAAGCUCCACGCGACAACGAGGAUCUAUACCAGGAACCUACACCUACAGAAGUCCAACAUACAGCUGAACAUGAUUCAGCUGGUCCAACUUCGCCGACGUCGCAAGGACCCUCGAAAGGAUUCAAAUCACUCUUAAGCAAGUUGAAGCGCCGCUCAAAGCAUGCUCCUGCGACAGAGACUGAAGGUGAUACAAAAGAGAAAGAACCCGGUUUCAUUGGUGGCGCAACUCUCCGAAACUCCACUUCGCUGCCCCAAUCUCAGUCUCAGUCUUCGAAGAACGCUAGCCAUCCAGCUCGUGAGUCGAUAGACGGCCGCAUAUCUGCAGAUACCGAUCGACCAAAGGACCUAGGCGCUGUUGAGCCUACGUAUGUUCCUCACGUCGGUUUUGUUGACGAAGAUCGCCACUCAGAUGUUUCAUCCCUGUCCAACGAUGGAGAGGAAUUCAGUAUGGCACGUGGGAGACCAGCCGAACGUGUUGUAAGCGGAGCAACAGCGACAUCCGCCGGAGAGAGCUUUGAGGAAGCCCGUGACCAUUUCGACGAAGCUCUAGCACCGCCACCGGCCUUUGGCUCUGAUGCGGAGAAAGCGAGGAUAGGAAGCCCAAACCGGGAGUCAAAGUUCCAAGAGGUGGGAUUGUAG